UCAAAGUGUGAUCGUGCUGAAAGAUGAAAAUUGUCCUGGGCAGGAAGGGGGUGAAAGUGUCCGGACAGGAAGGGGGUGAAAGUGUCCGGACUGGAAGGGGGGGGGAAGUGUCCGGACUGGAAGGGGGUGAAAGUGUCCGGACAGGAAGGGGGUGAAAGUGUCCGGACUGGAAGGGGGGGAAAGUGUCCGGACUGGAAGGGGGUGAAAGUGUCCGGACUGGAAGGGGGUGAAAGUGUCCGGACUGGAAGAGGUGUAAAGUUU